AUCUGUUACAAUUCCAAAUUCCAAUAAAUUGUCGUAGGUGCGCACCACUUAACCUACAAUCAUUACAAAUUUAUAUUAAAAUCAUUGAAGGUAGAAUUGUCACACAUUUGAUUAUGUGGUUCUUAUUUCAACUCAUUGCUUCAUUGUCAUCAACGAUCAUUAAGUCUUUGAUGUAGUGCGUCAUUGCAGGUAUUGAGAUUAGAUAAGUUGAGACCUCCUCAAUGAAAUUCGGUUCAGUGUUGAAAUCUGUAUUAAUAGGUAUACCUAUCGGAAUAACAUUUUUCGAUUCUGUGUGCUAUGUGGCAAGAGUGGAAGGUAUAUCAAUGCAACCAGCUCUUAAUCCCGAAGAUCAGGUUGUGGAUUAUGUACUUCUAAACAGAUGGUCAGUGAGGGCGUACGAGUUGUCUCGUGGAGACGUAAUUUCUUUAGUAUGCCCGAAGGAUCCUGAUCAGAAACUUAUUAAACGAGUCGUCGGUCUAGAGGGCGAUAUAAUUAAAACAAUAGGUUAUAAGAAAGCCUUCGUGAGAGUACCACAGGGACAUUGUUGGGUGGAAGGUGACCACAAAGGUCAUUCAUUGGAUUCUAAUGUGUUCGGUCCUGUGGCCUUAGGUUUAAUUACAGCAAAGGCCUCGCACAUUGUGUGGCCACCUCAUCGAUGGAGAAAUUUGAAAGGAGAAAUACCUUGUGGACGGUGCCCUGUUAAUUAUAGAGCAGAAACGAGUUAGUUAUUACUUAAUUAGUUCAAUUCUAUUAGUCUGGGACAAUAGCAAAUAAUACACAUUACAAAGAAAAUGCGUGCUGUGUGUUUUGUGGAACGCAUGGAGUUCCAGGCAAGUGGGAAUGUAUUUCCCAACUCCAUGGCAUUAGGAGAUGUUAACAAUGAUGGUGAUAGUGAACUAGUUGUUGGUAAUACUUCUGGAGAAUUGACCAUAUUUAAAGGAGAAAAAAUCUUGCAGACAUUUACCAAGUUGGGAAUGAUCACAGCUGUAGGCAUUGGAGAUAUUUUCAACAAUGGGCAAAAUGCAUUAGUUGUUGUUAGCGGAGAUGGAUGGUGUAGAAUUUUAUUUAAUUCAAAAUCAACAGAUGCAACCAAUGAACAAGUUUGUGGAUUGUCUGUGGUUCAUGCACAACAAAUUCCUCCUAACACCAAGGUAGUUUUACUUGAAGAUGUUGAUGGUGAUGGUUGUAUUGAAUUAGUACUAGCUCUAACAGAUCGUGUUGUGCGAUCAUAUCGAUGGGAAUGUGAAGAGAUAACAAGUACUGGUAAUAUUGCAAGUGGUUCCAAAGGCAAUAUUGGAAGUCCUUCAUAUCCAGGAAAAUUACGUGGGCUUAAUAAAUGGGAAUUUGCUAGUCAGAUAGGUUCUGUUACCAUCAAUCAUAAUGCUGAUGGUACUCCAUGUCUCUUGGUAGCUCAACCAGGUGGAACAUUCAUGAAAAUUAGAUGCCCUGAACCUGGCACUAAAGAUACUGGUGAUCUCGCACCCAGUUACAUAGAUUAUCAUCCUUUGUCUCAAUGUCAUAUGAGAAAUCCCAAUGUUUCUACAGAAAUUCUGGGAGACAUAGAACCUCCUGCUUCAUUACGUAAAGGAGAAAGAGGAAUGCGUUAUGCUGUGGCUACACUAGAUGGCACUCUCAUGCUUGUUGAAGAUGAAGAAAUUCUAUGGUCCAUUCAAGUGGAUCAUCAGUUAUUUGCUCUCACAAAACUGAAAAUCCUAGAUGGCAGUGAUGAAACUGGUGAAAAUAUAGUUGCAUGUUCAUGGGAUGGGCAAACAUAUAUUCUUGAUCAAGAAAAGAAAAGUGUCAGAUUUCAGUUGGAAGAAAGCGUUCAUGCUUUUUGUGCUGGCUAUUAUUCCACAGAACCUGGGAAACAUCCGGUGCCAUGUCUUGUGUACACUACUUUUACAAACAAGAUUUAUCUGUACUAUAAUGUAUCAUUACCAAGUAUGGUGACUCGCAGAUUUACACCCCCUGUGAAUAAUGGCUCUGAAGAUAGUCAUAAGAAAAUAAAACUGACUGAAUGGGUACUGUACGGAAUUUAAGAGUAAAUAUAUAUAUAUAUAUUAUAUGUGAAAUUACUAUGAUAAUAUGUCCUUGUACAGAAUUGUAAUAUUAAAACAACCACUGGUUU